AGCUGCCGAUUACCAAACCAUUGUUAGUGGUUGAGAGCCACCGUGCGCUAGUUGUGGCUUGUGAGUGAGCCCUCUUCUUCCCCUUCUCAGGCGACCGGCAUUCAGCCAUGUCGCCCGGCGGAAAGAAGAGGACGGCGUGCGUGACCGGAGGGAACGGCUACAUCGCCUCGGCGCUCGUCAGGAUGCUGCUGGAGAAGGGCUACGCCGUCAAGACGACGGUCAGGAACCCCGAUGACAUGGCGAAGAACUCCCACCUCCAGGACCUGCAGGCACUUGGCCCUUUGGAGGUCUUCCGCGCCGACUUGGAUGAAGAAGGCAGCUUUGACGAAGCUGUUGCUGGCUGCGACUACGCCUUCCUCGUCGCCGCUCCGGUGAACAUCCAUACAAAGAAUCCUGAGAAAGAGCUGAUCGAGCCCGCGGUCAGGGGAACUCUGAACGUGUUGCGGUCGUGCGUGAAGGCGGGGACGGUGAAGCGCGUGGUCCUGACCUCGUCGGCGGCCGCGGUCACCAGCAGGCCGCUGCAAGGCGACGGGCACGUGCUGGACGAGGACUCCUGGUCCGACGUCGAGCACCUCACCGCCACCAAGUUUCCUUACAGGGGAUACCCGGUCUCCAAGGUGCUCCUGGAGAGGGCGGCGUGCAGGUUCGCGGAGGAGCACGGCAUCAGCCUCGUCACCCUCUGCCCCGUCGUCACCGUAGGCGCGGCGCCGGCCCCGAACGCGCACACCAGCGUCCCAAACUGCCUCUCCCUUCUAUCAGGCGACGAGGCAGCGUUCGCCGUGCUCCACGGCAUCGAGAGGGGCACCGGCUGCAUCCCGCUGGUUCACGUCGAGGACCUCUGCCGCGCCGAGCUGUUCGCCGCCGAGGAGGACGCGGGGGCCGCCGGGAGGUACAUCUGCUGCAGCCUCAACACGACCAUCGCCGAGCUCGCGCGUUUCCUGGCGGACAAGUACCCGCACUACGGCGUCAAAACACAUCUGCUGUCCGGCGAGCGGCUUGAGAAGCCGAGGGUGUGCCUGUCGUCGGCGAAGCUGGUGAAGCAGGGAUUCGAGUUCAAGUACAAGACGCUGGAGCACAUCUACGACGACAUGGUCGAGUACGGCAAGGCACUGGGAAUCCUGCCCAGCUGAUGUGAUGCUCCUCUUCCUCUGCUUUCCGUCGAUGCUCACGAGUCUAUGCUGGUUGCAGAAUAAGCCUAUGGUUCUAGUAAGCUGAACCGUAGCGGUUCAGUCAGUUCAUAUCUUCCAAGGCAAAAAUAAUUGGAGGUGGAUUUCGAUCUUAUGCAAAA